CUCACUCUCCCCCUCUCUCUCUGUCUGCCCGUCUCUUUGAACAAGAGCAUCUCUUUUCUCUUCUCCUCUUGACACAAGGCAACCAUGUCGUCAAACGGCGCCGACGGGGACCUGCUCCAGAUCCCUCUGGGGCUCAUCAACAGCGAGGGCAAGUAUCUGACCGCGGAGACCUUCGGCUUCAAAAUCAACGCUUCGGCCAGCAGCCUGAAGAAGAAGCAGACCUGGACCCUGGAGCAGACCGGGGAGGACGGCAGCGCCGUGUUCCUCCGCUCCCACCUGGGCCGCUACCUCGCCACGGACAAAGACGGCAACGUUACCGCGGACAGCGAGACGCGCGGCAGCCGGGACUGCCGCUUCGUCAUCACCGCGCACGAGGACGGGCGUUGGUCUCUGCAGUCCGAGCCCCACGGCCGGUACCUCUGCGGCAGCGAGGAUCGAAUCACCUGCUUUGCGCAAACUGCCACGCCGGCGGAGCGAUGGAGCGUGCACCUGGCCGUGCACCCGCAGGUCAACCUGUACAGCUUUGCGCGCAAACGCUUCGCCCACCUGAGUGCGCACGGAGAGCGGCAGGAGGUGUCAAUCGACCGGGAUGUCCCAUGGGGGGUGGACUCGCUUGUGACACUGGUCUACCGGGACCAGCGCUACCACCUCGAGACUUCUGACAACCGCUUCCUCCGCAAUGACGGCAGCCUGUCCACAAAAACGGACAAGGACACCGGCUACAUGCUGGAGUUCCGCUCCGGAAAAGUGGCAUUCCGCGACUGCAACGGCCGCUACCUGGCACCCGCGGGCCCAACCGGCACAAUGAAGUCUGGGAAAAGCACCCGGGUUGGGAAGGAUGAGCUGUUUGGCCUAGAGCGCAGCCACGCGCAGGUCGUGCUAACUGCGGGCAACGAGAGGAACGUCUCCACAAGGCAAGGCAUGGACUUGUCAGCCAAUCAGGACGAGGAAGGGGACCAGGAAGUCUUCCAGCUGGAGAUGAGCCGUGAGGACAGGAAGUGUGCCUUCAGAACCGCUGCUGGGAAAUACUGGACUCUGACAGCAUCUGGGGGCCUGCAGUGCACUGCCUCUACCAAGUCGGCCAACAGUUACUUUGAACUGGAGUGGCGUGACGGUCGUGUGUGUGUGCGUGCAGCUAACAACAAAUAUGUGAUCGCUAAGAGGAACGGGCAGCUAGCUGCUACUGUUGACAGCGCAGGGGAAGCUGAACAGUUCCUGAUGAAGCUGAUCAACCGUCCAAUCAUCGUCCUUCGUGGGGAGCACGGUUUCAUCGGGGCUCGUAAAGCUGGAAUGGCGACCCUGGACUCCAACCGUGCAUCAUACGACGUUUUCCAGAUGGAGUUCCACAACGGAGCUUACUCCCUUAAAGACUCCCAGGGGAAGUAUUGGUGUGUUGGAGACGACACAGCGGUGGGGUGCAGCAGCUCCACACCGGUCCAGUUUCUGUUUGAGUUCUGUGACCUCAACAAGAUGGCCAUCCGUGCUCUGGGGGGGAAGUACCUUAAAGGAGACCAUGCUGGAGGGCUAAAGGCCAGCGUCGACUCCCUGGACAGCGCCACCCGCUGGGAAUACUGAGAAAGCACAGCCGGACUUCUCCACUAUCUGACACAAUGCUUCAAACUAUUAAUAGAUACUGUAGUAGCUGUUUUUGCAUGUGUGUGUGUGUGUGUGUGUGUGUGUGUGUGUGUGUGUGUGUGUGUGUGUAAUUGUGAAUUUGUCUGGAUGGAUGGAUGCGUGAUGUAAAUUGAAGAUGAUAAACUGGGAGUCAUGGCACCAAAGCACUACAGCUGUUUUCUUUUGUAUUCUUUUUCUUCCUCUGUCAUUAUCUCUUCCUACUGGGCUUUUUACUGGAGAUUUGAAUGUACGAUGACUUGUUGUUUAAUGAAUGAAUCAUAGUCUGGUUGCACAUUAUCUGUUUCACUCCCAGUCACAUUUAAACAAGCUGUACCUGAUAAAUGUCAGGACGCUACUUUUAUUAGUUGUGCCUAUCUGUGGUAACUACUGGUGUAAACAAACUAUAACAAAUUACUUACAAUAACAACCUCCUCCUGUUAAAUGUCUUGCUUGCUUCGUUGCGCUGCUUUCAUCUCCUGCUCCCUUCCAACUAUGAAGCACAACAUGCAUGAGAUAAAGGAAUGUUACUGAUUUCCAUGUUUCGCUGUAAAUAAGGCUUUCUUUGUCACUGAAUGUUUCAAAAACAUAGUAACCAUGGAAAUGUUAAGUGCUAACGUGCGGUGAGGGUGUGAAGAAAGAAAGAAAUGGGAUGUGGCAUGCAGAUCUAAUAUGGUCUUCGCCUAUAUGCUACUUGCUGCACCUCUCUAGAUUUCCUUUCUCACUUUGAGAUGUGCAGGUAGACAUUGUGUAUAUAGACAGAUGCAUCAGCAGAAAGUAGUGGGCAGUCAAAGGUUUCCCUUAUAAUCCACUCCUCUGAUAAGUGUAAGGUUCUCAAUUACACUUCAGGAGGAAACUAAUGAAAGGAGCUUUGAGAUUCACUCAUCUACUGAAGGGGCCUUAUUAGUUAGAAUGAUCAUCCUUUGAGUUGAAAGGAAUGAAAGGGAGGCGGUGGAUAUAAAAGCUAGUUACUGCUGCACACUCAAACAUGCAGUCAUAGAUAUAUUAAUUCCAACUAUCACUCAAAAUCUGCACAAUAAUGUCCAACUGCAAGAACUUAAAAGCACAUGUUUGUUACAAUGAGAUGUCUUAGAUUGGGUGCUGGUGUGUAAACACAAUGAAAGAGUCUCUCUGGCUAUUAUUGUGGCUGUGCCUUCCAUAGAGCAUUUCAGUCUUUUUCAUGUUCUUACGUUUGAGCUGAACGGAGUAAAAAAAUAAAUAAAGUUUUCCCUCUUAACAGUG